AAGCUCAGACGCUUCUUCGUCUCCAUUUCCACCAAUUGUAGAGAGAGAAACUCCGAGACGGAAGAGAGAGAAAGAGUGUGUGCAGAGAAGAACAGUUGUCGUUGAGAUUGCUUGUUUCUUCUUCAACGCUUUCAACACUUGUUUGUGAACCAUCAACGAUUCAAAUGCAACAAUCAAUCAAUCUCUUACUCACGACGCCACAACCACCACCACCACCACCACCACCUCUGUAAUUAUCUCUGCUUCUUGUUGUUGUUCUUGUUUACUUCCAUGGCUUCCUUUGCUGUUGAAUCUCCUUUCUGUACUUGGCUUGUUGCCGCUUGCAUGUCCGCCACUUGCUUUAAGGACCAUUCUGUUAAUGCCUCCAUCCGUCAUUCUUCCAAAAGAUUGACAUCCAUCUCAAGGAGGAAGCUGCAAUCUAAAUGUUGUAGUUUCACCUCCCAAUUCAAUACUGGAUUGGUUUCUUCUUUCAGUGGAUUCAAUAUUCAUGGCCUCAUGAACUCAUGCCUCGCUUUUGAGCCCUGCGAUGAGUACUGUAGCAGUAGUUAUGCCCUUUCUUCUCUCGCCUCCGUAGGUAAUAAUGGCUUCUCCUUACUUUUUGGACCUAAGACUCUCCCCGCUAACCGUCGGCAGAGGCGUGCAAAUCGGGCUUCACGUUCAGGUGAGACUGUCGCUAUAGCUGUUCAGCCAGCUGAAGAUGUGGGAAGGAAAAAGAAACACCAUACAAAACAAAGAAGAGUAGUUGUCACUGGAAUGGGUGUGGUGACGCCUUUGGGCCAUGAUCUUGACAUCUUCUACAAAAAUUUGCUGGAGGGUGUCAGUGGAAUUAGCGAGAUUGAGGCAUUUGAUUGUUCCCAGUUCCCCACCAGAAUUGCUGGAGAGAUUAAAACUUUCUCUACUGAUGGAUGGGUCGCACCAAAAUUCUCUAAGCGGAUGGAUAAAUUCAUGCUUUACAUGCUUAUUGCUGGCAAAAAAGCCCUAGAGGAUGGUGGAUUUACGAAAGAGCUUACAGAAGAGUUGGAUAAAACUAAAUGUGGAGUACUGAUUGGUUCAGCAAUGGGAGGCAUGAAGGUCUUUAAUGAUGCAAUUGAAGCAUUGCGAAUUUCAUACAAGAAGAUGAAUCCUUUCUGUGUUCCAUUUGCAACUACAAACAUGGGUUCUGCCAUGCUAGCUAUGGAUCUGGGAUGGAUGGGCCCAAACUAUUCAAUUUCUACUGCUUGUGCUACGAGCAACUUUUGUAUACUAAAUGCAGCUAAUCACAUAAUUAGAGGCGAAGCUGAUCUAAUGCUCUGUGGAGGUUCAGAUGCAGCAAUCAUACCAAUUGGUUUGGGAGGGUUUGUUGCUUGCAAUACACUUUCACAAAGAAACAGUGAUCCUACCAAAGCUUCAAGGCCUUGGGAUAUUAAUCGUGAUGGAUUUGUUAUGGGGGAGGGAUCUGGAGUUUUGCUUUUAGAAGAAUUAGAGCACGCGAAGCAACGCGGUGCCCAAAUCUAUGCAGAAUUUCUUGGUGGAAGUUUCACUUGUGAUGCUUAUCACAUGACCGAACCACACCCUGACGGGGCUGGAGUUAUUCUAUGCAUAGAGAAGGCAUUAGCUCAGUCUGGAAUAUCUAAGGAAGAUGUGAAUUAUGUAAAUGCGCAUGCGACAUCUUCACUGGCCGAAGACGUCAAAGAAUAUCAAGCUCUUGUACAUUGCUUUGGCAAGAACCGUGAGUUAAGAGUGAACUCCACAAAGUCUAUGGUUGGCCAUCUACUAGGGGCCGCUGGUGCUGUUGAGGCUGUUGCUACCAUACAGGCCAUAAGAACAGGAUGGAUCCAUCCAAAUAUUAACUUAGAAAACCCAGAUAAAGGCGUGGACACAAAUAUACUUGUGGGCCCAAAGAAAGAAAGAUUGGAAAUCAAGGUGGCUCUGUCCAACUCCUUUGGCUUUGGCGGCCACAAUUCAUCCAUCCUAUUUGCCCCCUACAAGUGAAACAAUGAAAACUGAAAUGGGAGUCGUCCAGCCUAACGUGUACAAGGUUCUAACACGAGAGAUUGAAAGAUUUAAACCUCAAACCUCAGUUGAGCUAUGCUUAUGUUCGCGAAAGAAUAUAGGAAUGUUAUUGUGUUUAAAAUUGACAGAUUCAACGUUUUUUCUUUUUUGUUCUUUUCCUCUUCAAUCGAAGUUCGUAUAGACAGUCUAAAUUCAGUUGUCUUGCAGUUACUGACUGUGGGGAUAUUCGCAAUGGUCUGUUAUGAUUGUUUCAUAAGACAUACAGCAACGCAAAUCGGUAGGCCGUUCAAUCGCUCGUGAUCGAGCAGGAUACAGGCCAAUGAUCGUCUGGUUAAACAUUAGAACAUUAUCCAAACAGUUGUGUAGUACUAUGUUGAUUUUGACGAAUUAAGUUGGCUUCUACACCGUUGAUAAACAAUACCCAAAAAAAAAAAAAAAAAAACAAAACCAGGCCCUUUUACUCUGCUGCAAUAUUUUCCAUGUAGAUGGAACCCCUAAUUGAAGAGGUGUUUUCAUUAUCCUUAUCAUAUGCUUUUAUAUAGCAAUAUUUUUCCUCA